AUGAACAAUAAAAAAUCUUUUUUCAUUUUUUUUAUAUGUUUUUUUUUAAUCUCAACUACAUUAGAAAUUUUAUCUCGUUCGAGUUCUUAUUCAAAUAUACCUUUGGUUAGUCAAAAUAGUCAUCGCGGAAGUAUAAAUCAAUUUCAAGAAUUUUUAAGUAUACAAGAUCUUUCUAAUCAAAAUAAUGUUAGAAAUUCAAUUGAAAAUUCACACUCUAGACAUAGUAGUAGACGAAGUUCUGAUAAAUACAAUAGCUUUAAUAUAAAAACUGUUUUGAGAGAUAACAGCUUUAGUACAAGAAUUUGGCAAAGAAUAUGGAUAAAUUGUGAUUAUAAAUGUUUUGUCAGAAAUAAUUUCAAGAUGUUAAAAUACAAUCUUUUAAGAGAAAUGAAUGAAUAUAGAAAGUGGCAUAAUGCACCAAAACUUACUGAAGAUAGACAUAUCAGCAAAUUAGCACAAAAACGUGCUAAUCAAAUAGCAUUAACUAGUAGUUUAACACGUGAUGAUAGUGAUUAUCUUGGAGAAACAGUUGGUGUAGCAUACUUACCAGCAGCUUUUUUAAUUGCCAAAAAAUGGUAUGAAGAAAAAAAAGGCUUUAAUUUUUUGCUUAAAAGACCAAAACCAGGAAGUCAAAUGUUUACACAAUUAGUUUGGAAAAGUUCACUAAUUGUAGGUAUUGGUGUCGCUGUCAGAGGCGAUAUGGUUAUUGUGGUAUGCAAGUAUUUGCCAAAAGGAAACACUCCUAAAGAUUACAAAAGAAAUGUUGAUAAACUUCACUACAAUUGGUUUAAUUCUUUCACAAGUUGGUUGAGAAGAACUCGUCAAUAA